AUGAGGAAGGAGAACAGUAAGACAGCCAAUCAAGCUUGGAGAGGAAACCCUCGAAAGUUCGCUCCAAAGUCAAGACUAGGCUGUCGCACCUGUGACGGCUAUAGUGAAACGCCCCCCGAUUUCAAGUCUGCGAUUGAUUCAAAUCAUUAUCACGACAAGGAAGCCAACAGAGCAGAGAGCUGCGAUGGUUACCACCCUUGCACCACGAUCAGUGUGUAUCAGCCAAAACAAUGGCACACCAAAUACCAUGGCCUCAUGUUGCAGAAUCUCGGACCCUUUAUGAUAUUACCAGUGACUGGGUCAACCCAGACAGAGGCAAUGUGUUUUUUCGAGUAUAUUUCGAUCAAGCAUCUGAAUGAAUACAACCCCUGCGAAUCAUGGCGGAAGACUCUCAUGUUCUUCUCCCAAACAGUGCCAUCAGUGCGUUCUGCAGCCAUUGCUCUGGCCUUGAUUCACCGGAACUACCUGGACCGCGAUUCUAGCGACCGUGUGCACCGAUUGCAAUCCUCGAAAGACUGGCUACCGGAUAAGGCUCCCUUGCUGCACUAUAAUCGGGCCAUCCAACUUCUUCUGGACCAGGCAAUUGGUAACAGCACCGAAACAACAGCCAUCACUCUUUUGGUCUGCUAUCUCUUCAUCUGCUUUGACCAUCUGGCGGACAAUUACGUACAAGCAAUGAAGCACCUACGCGGAGGCGUAGAGCUCUUACGCAACAUCGACCAGGCUAUACUGAACAACAACAAUACAUAUGACAGUGCCAAAUCCUCGGGGGCUCGCCCGCUUAUCUGCCAAAUCGCAAGACAGAUCCGCCGUCUCGAUAUGCAGGCCGUAAUGUUUCUGGUCGACUGGACCCCCGCCGAUAUCCAAGAGACACUUAUGUCCCAGCUUCCGCCCUCCGACAGUGCCUUUCGGUGCGUCGACCAAGCCGCCGACCACCUUCAGAUCCUCGUCGCUAGGGUAAUGAGACUGCGCAACACGGAGCAGCAGAUGUCCCCACUGGUUAAGAUGCCCCGGUUAUCUUCAUCACUUACGGGUAUUGUUAUCGGACAGUUGGAAACGUGGUCGAGUCUCUUCGAAAACAUGCUACACCAAAGAAGCUGCUUUGUGAUAGAUUCUGAAAAUUACCCGCUGAUAUCACUGCUACGCUUACAACAUACUAUCGCAUGGACUCUCCUCAGCAGUUACGGACCUGGCAGGGAAAUGGACUAUGACAACUUCCUGCCACAGUUCCAGCAAUGCGUGGCCUUGGCGAGCGAUGUAGCGGCGGCACAUGAGCAGUAUUCGGGGUCGUUAAAGCCGAGUUUUACGCCGGAGAUCGGAAUUGUUCCCGUGCUUUACAUAAUCGGGGUCAAAUGCCGGGAUCCCGUCGUGCGACGGGAGGUCUUGAAUAUCUUGCGACGGCAACCGAUACGGGAGGCGGUUUGGGAUAGCAUUUCUACUGCCAGGAUGGUCGAGCGGGUAAUCGAGAUUGAAGAGGGUGGGGUUGAGGAGGGGGGAACGACACAGAGCAUGGAACAAAUUGCUAUAUGGCAAAGGGUCGAGGCUCUGUCUUGGGUACAUGUUGUUAGUGGACAGUCUACGCCUAGAUUAGAUGUAAAGUAUACAUUUUGUGCGCGGGAGGGAAUUUAUAUCGAGUCUCUCAUAAUAUAA